GCAACAGCGUAAAAGCGUAGUGUUCUUUUCUACAUUUUUCAUGUGCUGUGCGACGAAAGAAAUCCUGUUGUGCAUGCUACAAACAGUUGUAUAUUGCAUUUAAAAACAAAUAUUUGUGCAUUUCGACCUCUCUGCCUCGAUGGCCAUUUGCAUUUUCCGCGUAUGUCCGUCGUUUUAGUUGUAAAUGUCCAAAGAGAAGGUCAGAAAAAUGUACACAGUUCUGUGUGGUAGCAGCAGUGCAUAGAUAGUAGGCAUACCUGCGCUCCCAAGUUGUGUUAGUUCUACGCACCAGCCGUUUUGGUGACACCCGAUAAACCCAAUCAAACAACAACAGCAGGAGGUACCAGCUCAACCGACACUCUGCAACAUUUUGUUGCAGCACCAGUGCAAUUGGUGCACAUUUAGCUGGCCUGGCCGCAUUGCUCACAUUACACACAGAAUAACUAAUAAAUGUAUUGUGAAGUCUGCGAAAAAUAGGAUAAUUGGUCGUGUUUUAAACAGUUCGUAGUUCGGCGCCGUUCGCUGUGGAGCGAGAGUUUCGGUUUAUAAAUUUUUUUUUGUGUGUGGCUUGACAAGUGCAGAACAGCGGGAGGAGUAUAAGCUAAUACGCAAUAGAAGGGCAGCGCCCCCAAACUAUAUUAUUAGUAAUCGACAAUAACUAACGGAAGGCCAUAAUCGGGAAUAGCAGCGACAGCAUCGUUAACUAGCAGACGCGGUGGCGUCCGCAAGGCGGCUGGCCCAGCUGUGUGUGCUUCCUAGGAGAAGCCAGAGCCAACCAGUAGCAUCAGAUACACCAACCGACAAAACACCAAUGCCGGUUGGCAAGGGUUUGUAGAUUUGGAGAAUUUUUAAUGGCAUUUGAUUGUUUCGUCACCUGGUCACCCUGUUAUAUGCCACCUAAAAGAUGAACAAUGAACAAAAGCCAGCAUCACCAGAUACAUCAUCAUCAUCAUUAUCAUCCGCAACACAGCCAUCCACAACCUCAUUGGCAAACGCUUCUGGUGAGCGAUCUGCAGAGCGCCUGGCCGCUGCGGCCAAUAGUAAGAUACCAUCCAUUAUACUUCAUACGCCCAUUGUAUCAAUUGCGUCUGGCACCAUGAGUAAAAGCACCACCACGACAACGUCAACAAAGACAACUCCGACCGCACACAAAUCCGACGGCCUGUUCGAAGCAAUGGCAAAUAAUUUGACAACACUGGACAGUGUGACGGUGCGACGUGACGAUGGUAGUGUCGGGGUUCGUGGACCGAAAAAAACUGCAGCUGCAAAUGCGAAAUCCACAGCAAAGUCAGUGGCAGAUAGCGAUAAGAGAAAGUCAUACUCCCCCCCAAACAGUGUCAGCAACAGCAACAAUAAUAGCCAUAACAAUCCCAGUGUCAGUGGUAGUGUCAGCGGCAGUGAGGGAACCAUCACGCCGAUACCAUCGGUAACAGCGUCAGUGCCAGAGGUCCAGACCGUUACUUCCAGUAAUAAAACGACUCAAGAAGAACCAGGUGCCGCCGCCACCGCCGCCGCCGGUGCCCCCCUGCCACAGGUCUACUCAUUUCUUGACGAAACGCCAAAGCUGGAAGGACCCACACGCAGGUGCCUGCAGUAUGGGGGUGGAGCGAAGGGUAAAACGCAGGAUGAUCAGAAUGUGGGAAAGCGACAGAAAAAUAAAAAGACAAAAUACGAUGCCUGGGAGGAUAGCGACUUCAAUGAUCUUGAUGAUGCGUCAUUAAAGAAGCUUCUCGAGGAGGCCUAUUGGUACCGUAAUCCUGGCGACAGGAAAAACAAAAGCCCGCGCUUUCUGCAAAUGCUCAAAAAGGCUGAGUACGACGAAGAGAUCUCUUAUCGUGCCAUCAAAACCUGCCUCACACUCAACCCAAUCACGCUAGCGACGUCAGCGUCCACAUCCGGUGCAGCCGGCAUUAGCAGCAGCAGCAACAGUAACAGCAACACCCACCACACAAACAAUCGAUCGGGGGAGCGUCACAAGCAGGGCGGCUCCUUGCAGGAUCUUGUCGAGGCGGCUCAUCGAAGUGGGGCGGCCACCACCUCUGCAGCGGCAGCAGCAGCAGCGGCGUCAGCCACAUCGGCGACAACCCAACGAUUCAACUGUGAUUACCAGCUGAGUGGACGCGCGAACCGUCGCCACCAGCAGCAGCAGCAGCAGCACAACAACAACAACAACCAAAACGCACCCUCUGCCUCGAAGAAGAUCAAGAACUGGUCAGUGUCGGGACGGCAGCGUGAGGGAGGAAGCCUUCCGAGCAGCGUCAACUUUGAGCCAGCCACCACGUCCAUGGAUGCCAAACUGAAACAGACCAUGGCCGAUUCAUCCCAAUCACAGGCUGCCGCUGGCAAGAGGAGCACCGGCAGCGGCAGCUGCAGCAGCCUGCCCAGCCACCUGGGCGAAGCUGAGGCCGGUACCCAGUUCGAUAUGGACGAGGAUGAGACGGGUGGUGGUGCAAGUGGAAGUGCUAGCGCUGGCCCUGGUCCUGGUCCAAUCCAACAAGAAUAUCUGUUGGAGCUGGCGGGCGAUAAUCGAGUGAUUAAAAAGAAGAAACAAGUCGCCAAUCAAUCAACCAAUGCGUCAAUGUCGUAUCUCAGCACCAAAGCGCUCGAUAAUAUCAUGCAAAGCUACAGCCCGCAGCAGCCUGAUUCAAAGGAUUCGGCCACUGGCAGCGAGUAUCAAAUUGGAGAGACGAUGCCGUUUUUGGGCCCCGUUGGCGUUCGGCCACCCGGCACGGCCCACAUACAUUUACACCAACAGCACAUACCGCUGCAGCAGCAAUAUCCCGCUGGUGGACAGUAUGAGAGGGGUGCGGAGGAUCCCACGCGCAAAGUGGAUGCCGGCUAUGUGUCGCUGAGCGACAGCUAUACGGCCUGCUCAUCGGUCUAUGCCGAUACAUCAACGGCAUCCCAUGCCAGCAGCAGAGCCUCCACCUCGGCUGAGGUUUUCGGCAAGAAGGGCGGCCGCGCGGGUCCAGUUUCCAUGGGUGCCAAGUCCACAUCGCGCAACCUUGAUGAGAAUGGGAAUGCUCUGAGCGAUGGCUACGGCACCAAUGGCACGCCCAGCAGCAGCAGCAGUGGCAGCAGCAGCAGCAAUGGAAAUGGAAAUGGAAAUGGCAGCAGCGGGGGCAGCAGCUCCAAUCAGUUCACGGCUUUGAUCACCACAACGAUGGGUGCAAAUGCACCAGCAUCGUCGUCCACAGCCCGUCAGAGUAGCGUGUCCACGCUGCUCACAACUGGCAGCAACACAACCACCACGGCCAUGGCGGCCGCUGCAGUGGCUGCCUCCUUCAAUAGCCAGCUACAGCAGGUAACUGUAGGCAAUGGAUCGGGCGGAAAUGGAGCAGCAGCCGGAGCCGCUACCGGAGCUGGUACUGUGAGUGUCAUCGGUGCCGGCACUGGGGCACAGCCGACCAAGCCCAAGUCAAAGAAGAGAUCACAGCAGGAGCGCAACACGACCACGGUCGAUGCCGAGUCGGUGGCCGGCUAUCGCGGCAAGGAGUCCGUGGAGCAGCUGGUCAAGUACAUCGAGAACGAUGGCAACAGCGGCGGGCAGAAGAAGAAGGAGCGCAAGAAGCAGAGCCAAAAGCUGAAGAAGAGCAACUCGCUGGAGGAGCUGCGCAGCUGCUCGAAAAUGGAGGCGGACGACCUCAAGCGUGAGUCGGCCACCACCGAGAUGAUGCCACAGAAGAAGGACUCAAACAGUGGCAAUGCCAGUGGCAGUGGCAAGCACAACUCUGCCUCCGUGGCGGACAUCAGCAAGAACUGCAGCAAGGAGCAGCAGCAGGCCGCAGCUGUCCAGGUGCAAGUGCGUGGACCAGCCGCUGGCCAGCAGCGAAAGGGCGAGCGCCGCUCCUGGGGCACCGAGGAGCUGCAGUAUCUGGGCGAUCAGGACUACCGCAAGCCCGGCCUGGGCAAGGCUGCGGCACGCUCUGAGCCCGACAUUGAGGCGGAAUCGAUGCCGCUCUCCCUGCCGGCCCUCUCCUGCAUGUCGGAAAUGGAUGCCCUGAACACCGUGCUCUCCGAGACAGCCGAAUUCCAUGUGGUGACCAAGAAGAAGAAACCAAAGAAGCAGCGAGCCGUCACCAUGGACGAUGCAGCCGUUGCGGCCGCUGCCCACGCGGGCGGCAAUCUCCAGCGCAUGCAGCAGAUCACAAAAUCAGCCUCCUCCAACAUGAUGUCCCAGCGGACGCACUACUACACGGCGUACACCAACAGCGGUGCCAGCAGCAGCACCGCUUCCGGCUCGAAUCAUCAUGGCCAGUAUCCCAGCAAGUUGGCGCAGCAGCAGCAGCCGCAGUAUCAGGAGGCGCAGCCGCAGCAUCACCAUCAUCAUCACCAUCAUUACCAUCAUCAUCAUCAUCAUGGUGGAUCCGGGUCGGCCAAGAAGGAUAGCUCGCGACGCAAGUCAACAUCCUCGAUGCCGCCCUCGGAGAAAUCCGAUUCCAGUGAUCUCGAUUCGGUCCACUCGCUGCCCAUACAGACGGUCAAGAAGAAGAGCCUCGGCUUCAGCAGCAGCGGCAGUGGCAGUAGUGGCGGCAGCAGCGUCGGCAGCGGCAGCGGCACCGCCAGCAACAAGGAGCGGGCAGCGCAGGCCGCCACCCAACGUCAGGUGAAGAAAAAGACACUGGCACCAGCUCCCAUUUCCUAUGCGGACAUAGCACGCAACAAGCGGGAGGCCCUAAAGAAUGCCAGCGGCAAUGGCGGCGGCGCAAAUGCCAGCGAUCCAGAGCCAUCCGAAUCAGCUGCUGAUAAGCCACCCAGCGGCGGCGGCGGCGGUGGCGGCAGCGGCAAGGGUAGCAAAUCCAAGAUUAAACCCGAUUUCCCAGAGCUGCCAGUGGCACUGUCCAUUCCGGUGGCCAUCAGCAGCAGCAGCAGCACCAGCGGGAGCACAGUCACCAAUCAGGUGGCCAGCUCCAGCAACAACUCAUCGUCGGCGGGAUCGAUUAGCUACUCGAAGAGUCUAAAUGCGACGCCUGCCAGCAGCACCAGCGAUGUUGAUGCCUCGCCAGAGCUGACACCCACAUGCACGACCGCACCCAGCAGCAGCCUGUCCUCGUCCCAGCCAUCGCUGCAAAAGUCAAAGAGUGUGGAGCACGAUGCCAGCUAUAGCUUCAACAGCAGCAAUCUCGAUCAGCAGUAUCCAGCGCUGGAGAAGACUGUGAAGAGGCAUAGCACAACAAAUGUUUCCCUGACAGCCGCCGCCUGUCCAGCCUCUGCCUCGGGCUCCGGUUCGGGUUCGGGUUCAGGAUCGGCUGCGGGCAUGGCUGCGUCGACGAUUUUCAACUUUGCUGCCGCAACCAAGCUGCAAAUGGUGGACAAGUCGACGGGAACCACAUCAUUACCAACUACCUCAGCCAAGUCCAAGACCAAGUCGAAGGACUUGUCAUACAGCAGCGCGAGCAGCAGCAGCAGCAGCUCCGGCAGCAGCAGCAGCAAAAAGUCCAUGAAGCUUGGUCACGACGAGGCGGCGUCCGCGGCCGUGCUUGUGCCAGCGCCAGUUGCCCAGAAGUCUACGACGGCCACCCAGACCGAGGGUAGCAAGAAGAUGGGACACAAGAUGUCACACAUCAGCAGCAAGCUGGCACCAGAGCUCAUUGCUGGUCGACCGGCGGUGAUAAUACUCAACGAUGAUCGCGACUCGGGCGAGGAGGGACUCAACAAUGAGUUCAUCUUUGGGGACUUCAACGAGGAUGAACUGAAGCUCUUCGAUGACAAAAAAGAUGAGAAGGAAAAGGGAAACGAUAAGGACAAGGAGCAGAGCGAGAAGAAGGCGCAAGCAGAGUCACAGUCAAAGCUACAGGCAGAGCCAAGGGCAAAGGUAAAGCCACAGGCAGAGGCACAAUCAAAGGCACAGGAAAAGCCACAGCCACAGUCAAAGCCUGUAACCACCGCACAGAUGGACAAGCCACAGCCAAUUGAUAUGGAGCAGGAGGAGGAUGAAGCAGCACCAGAACCCGAACAAAUUGUUGAGGAGAAAGCGGCAAAGAAGGAGGAAGAGAACCCAGCGGGCACACAGUCGGAUACGAGCUCCAGCAGCUAUCAGCAGCUGAUAAUGAAUGACUCGGGCGCCGCCUCGGAUGUGGUCAACAGCUCGGUCAGUUUGGAUAUGCUAUCGAUCUCAGGCGAGGCCGUGCAGUCGUCGUCGCCGCACUCUGCGGCCAUUUCGACAAACUCGGGCUCAUCCAGCAUCAUUAAUUCGUCGACAUCCUCAACGCCUUCAUCCGAUUCGGCACCCAAUUCCAAUUCGUCGUCAUCCGUUUCGAUAUCCUCGUCAUCGGGCGGCAACGGACCGACGGGGCAUGGCUUGUGCUCCAGACACACCCAUAGCUCGGGUGCGGCCUAUGUGGCGAAUCAGUCCAGCGACAGUGGCAUCUAUGGUGCCGCCAUAGAUACGUCCGUGAAGGAUCACAUCAAUCAGUUCCUUAGUCGUGCGAGCAGCAGCAGUGAGGAGCCGCUGCCGAAUGCUCCCAUCUCCAUGCAACAGUUGGAAACCUGCAAUGACAUUGAAGCGGCAAUUAUAGCAGCUGCUCGAGCCGCUGCCGCGGCACGCAGCAAUAGUUGCAGUCGCAGAAAUUCCCAGGAACUGGAGCCGUCCAAGUCCCACAAUCAGCAGCUGCAGCAGCAGCAUCAGAGCCCAGUUGCCAAAACAAAAACUGCGCCCGUCUACACAACUUACAACGUGGGCUCACAGGACUACGACGAGGAUUUGGAGGAGCUGAGCUUCCUGGCCGACCUCCGAGAUGCAGAGGUAGACGUGGCGGAAGAGGCGGAGGUGAAAGCAGAGGUAGAGGCCGAGUCUGUUGCGGCGUCGCCAACCCAAACAGAUCCAAUUGUAGAUUAUAUUUCAAGCACGUGGCAUGCGAUUUCUACCAGCAAACAUGUAAUGUUUUAUCGCGAGCCCGAACAGGAGAUCUAGGAUGAAGCGACAAUUCCGCAGCAGGAGAUCAGAACUACAGAAAUGAAUUGAAUGUGGGAUUAGUUUGUAUUAUUGCAUGUCUGUCAAAGGUUGCACUUUAUGUUUGCCACGGGCCAUCAUCAAUUGUACACAGAUAUACGGAUAUAUUACGGAUAUGCUAUAACCAAACGCUUUUUGUGCUAACUAUUGUAACAAACUAUUGAUUAACUAUCGAUUAGAAUAUAAAAACCGCGAGCGGCAGCAACUAAAAGCCACCACCAAGAGUGUCAAAUAAAACCAAGAAAAACAAUGAACAAAAAAGUCAUUCGAAUGGAAGAACCAGAACUAUUAAGACAGCUCCACAAGUGGGAGACUAUCCAGGAGUUAGUUGAGGGGAAAAUAAGUACCGGCGAUGACAAAGCAACAGAAUUAGAGAAACUUUUAAUUGAUUCUGAUCUGAGCAGAAGGUGGCAACACGGGGAUACGGACACAGACAAGAAGUGGGAAUACGAAACGAGAACAAAGUUGAUUUUGUUGAACAAAAAAAAAAAAGAAGUAAAAUGAAGAAAAAACAAACUCUCAAUCCGUUGGUACCGCUGUGAAUAGAACAAGAAAGAAAAAUGAAUCCCUCUAUAGGAAAUCUUUGAGGCCGAUUUGGUGACGUAAAAUAUAUCUAUGAAUAUUUAUUAAACAUUUAGUUUGGUAACGGUGAUGCGAAGCGAUGUUCAGUCAGCAUUUGGAAGUGCUUUUUUGUUAAUUGAACAAACAAUAUUCUGGCUCCUUAAAACGCAACGUUUUACUAUAACUAUUACACUUACGAACUCAAAUUUUAACUAUUAUUAUUAUUAUUAUUAUUAUUACCAUCUAUCUAUAUUAUUCUUUCUUUUUUUUUUGUGUUUCUCUGCUUGAUGUGCGCGCGCGAGCCUGCAGCUUAUACGAGUAUAUUUUAUCAUUACUUCGAGUAAGAUUGAGCAAACUAGUUACAGACAGAGUCAAAACGCCAGUGAGAGCAGUGAGGGGAAAGUCGAGGAACCGAUUGUACAUAGGAUACAAAAAAAGAAAACAACCACAGCAGAAAAACAAAAAGAAAAAACAAACUAAGAACUUGAAUAAUUUUUGCGUUUAAUUGUUGAAAAGAAAAUCGCAAAAAGAAAACAAAGCAAAAGGAAAAAUGAAUUAUGAAUAUCUAGUGUUAAGAUCUAUACGGCUAGCCAUAAAGAAGCCGCUUGAAGGGGGGGAAAAUGUAUGUUAAAACCACAAAAAAACACACA